CCUAGGUGGGUGACGAUAGAACGUGCAUCGUGUCAGUUGGUACUUCAAGAUCCACAUUGCGCUACGAUCAAGCGCUACGAGAGAGGGUCCGGCGAGCCGAGAAACGUCGGGACACGGCCGGUCGGUGGUAACUGCGCCGUGGAAGGGUGUGUCGCGAAGCGAACGUUUCGAAUUACCGAUGAGAGGACGUCGAACUACGCAGUUGGCCCGAACGUCCGAGGACCGGGCAACGGGUAGCAGGAAGUAGAAGUGACGGCCGACGAAUCCAUUGUUAACUGGCGAAUUCACGAGCACCUCGACGAUAUAGCCCGGUCAGGCUCUUACGCGAACAGCCGAAUAGGCGCGCUCUGCCUAUUAUCGUUCCCAAGCGUAGAUGUGCUUGCGCUUGAUUAGCAUCGAUUGGGGAGUAGACGCGCGAUACGCGCCGAGGCCAGCAGCACACCACGCAACGCUCUCCUUUUUCUCCCUUUCCUUUAUUUUUGGUAAACGAUAUACAAACCCCUCGGGGAUCAGUGUUCCGUGUUCGAUCGAGUAAACAAAAAGGAGGAGGAGAGGACCGCCGGAGAGACGCGAGGGACUGAUGGCCAAUUUUGGUUGGAAGGACAUGGAUUGGGAUUGGGAAGACGCGGAAGACUCUUCCAGCGAAACGGAGGAGCAGAAGCCGGAGAUUGAUAAGGAGUGGCUUGACGGUAUCCUAAGGGAAUUUCACAAAGAACCGGUCACGAUAACCGAGUGUAACGUGAACCCGGGCUGUAUGAGUAACGAAAGUGUACUGAGCACUAUAAUUAGCGUUAAAGUCAAGUACGUGUUGAACGAGUCGAACACCACACAGGAUCUUUCGUUAAUCGUGAAAGAGCUACCGAAAGAUGCGUUCAGUCGAUUUUUCGUUAACGAGGGGCAGUUCGAUCUCCGGGAGAUUAAAUUUUACACGCAGGUCAUGCCAGACUUGAGAGAAUUCCAAAAGAAACAGCUGGCGUUAGAGGAUAAUCGCGAGAACCUCGGCAAACAGGGCGAAGAGAUACCUCUGUCGGUCCCCGUGUGUUAUCACGCGCAGUACACACCAGCCGAGGAAACCGAGGACAAUCUCACCACACCGGACUCGAUUCUGGUGUUGCAAGACCUCCGUGACUCUGACUUCUGUAACAUUAAGUUCCGAAAAGGAAUGACCUACGAUCAAACCAAAGUCGCAUUGGAAGCUAUAGCACGUAUACACGCGCAUUCCCUAGCGAUGAAGGUUAUCGAGGGGCAAUCUCUCUCUGAACGUUACCCGUUCCUCUUCCAAACAGCGAAAGCAACAAACUCGUAUCAGCAACUGGUCGAGCGUGGUCUACCGCAGCUAGCGAAAUUUUUGGAGAACACUGGACUGGAAGCAAUACUUGAAGCCCUACUCGUAUUAAGACCGAAGACUAUGCACAUAAUAUCGGCACUUCUAGCUCCGGAAGGGCCAUUGACCCUGAUCACACACACAGAUUUCUGGUGCAAUAAUCUGUUGUUCAAGGACGGGCCGAACGGCCUCGAAUGUUGCAUCCUCGAUUGGCAAAUGGUCACCUAUAGCAGACCAACCAACGACAUCGCUCUAUUGAUAGUGAGCUCUUUGCCUACUGAACUGCGCCGGAAACACACAGAAAGUUUUCUCGAUAUUUAUUGGAACGCUCUAACCAGUACGUGCUCACGCCUCGGUGUUGAUAUUCCCAAGGAUUUGGGUUACACGAGAGAAGAUCUGAGCAAGGAUUACAGACGGUCGCAGCUGCUAGCGCUUCUGCUUUGUAUCGGAUCGGUGGAUGUUGCCCUAGGCGAUCCCGACACCGAGCAACGAUUGAUCGAUGUACUAAAGGAUCUUCACAGCGAAGGCGUAUUCACGGAUGAAACUGCCAUUGCAACCAGCGAGAAUGAUUUUUAGUCAGCCGCAAUGCCGUUCAUGAUAGUGCCGCUGUGAAUUCAUAAUCUACGCAAAAUGCAAAUCAAAUGGACGACGGUCAUGGAACCGAGGGUUCGAUAAAUCAUGAACAUUUGACGUUUGAUCGAUGUGAUUCGGAUCAAAAGGCUUGUGUCGAUAACAGUGUAAUUGCGGGUAGUCAAGGAAGUCGACGUUCAAAUGCUGCUACCAUGGAAAGUAUAGCGUUAACGAUAGAACUUUGUGUUCGAGAAUGUUUGGUAAUAAUGAAAGUAUUAACGAACAUGCGUAGGAAAUUACGUCUUCGAUAUAUAUUCAUAAGAUAUUCGUUUGUUCUUGCGACACUUGUUUAUGUUUUGGUAUGACUUGAGCAAGCAUGAUGCUAAUAAAUGCUAUUUGGAAUUAUACAAGUAAACAAAAAUGACUCGAGAGUUGAGUAAUUACUAACAACCUGUACUCUAUGAAAUGCUUUCGGCAUUAAGUGAAACAUUUAAGUCAAUUAUCUACUAGACUGAUUUCAUUUAAAACGAAGUUUCUCUGACCAAAUUUCUUCCCGCAAUUAUUACAACAGCUACGAAAUCGACGUUCUGUUAUCGUCAAUUUACAUACGCAGUAAUUAUAUUAUUAUUCUCUUUCUUUGUACAAACUACAUAAAUAAAAUAUACCUUGAUGUUGUCAUGAACUUAUGGAAGUAUAUCGGUAUUAUUAACGCCUAACCAUGCAUCCCAAACUAUGCAUAUAAAUUAUUGAAUUUGUUUUAUUAUAAUCGUUUCAGUGUUACUGUCUGUGGUUCAAAUAUUCAUUUAAAAAUCGCAGUCGCAUAAUUUUACUCAAAUACCACAUAUAUUUAAUUAUCACAAUCAAUAAUUUAAUAACUGAAUGUAAAAAAUGAUGCUUGACUUACCGAUGCAGUUACACCACCAACGAUAAAGGCGUUCCUUUUAUGCUUGUUGGCCUUUUCGUAUCUUGUGUACAAUUCCUUCCCUACCCAUACUGGUAUA